UAUAAUUAACACCACCAUCUGAACUGUGAAAGCAACCGGACAGAGUAUUGCUUGGGACAGGGAGGUGGGUUAAGCCUACAGGGGGCUGGGCUCCCUUCAAGGAAGACCAAAUUUCACACUGCUGGUCAUUUUGUGCUCGAGGCACUGAGGUAAACACUGGGGAUGUUUGACAUUUGGGCCAGUCUGAAUAAAAAUCUUACCUCCUCCCACAAACAAGGGUCCUGUCAGCUACACAAUGGCCAUAUUGCUCCCAGAUGACUGUAGUUUUUCAUCACGUAUCAUAAAUCUUAUACCAACUGUUGAUCAAGUCUUCCAUCCUUCACAGUCCAAACACUUAGCAGCUGGAUCCAAGCUUUGCUUGGGAAAUCCAGGCCUUUCUACUUGAAGGUCAUCAACAGCGCCACAAACAAUUGGAUUAUGGAACUGGAGCAUCCAGCCAGCUGCUCUUGUCCUGCUCUCUGCCCCUGGGCUGCUCCAGAGAUAACUGUCCGCAUGCCCACUGGUGAAGUCCUAGGACACAUCAAGCACUCGUCCAGAGAGACUUGUGGUAGUUGGCUUGGACCUUCUGUCUACUUUGAGGUGUACAACUAUGAAGGCAAUCUAAUCUACAAGGUGCAAGGACCCUCAGGGUACCCCUGCGAGUGCACAAGAGACAAAGUCGCUGUCUUUAAGAUUCUCAAAGAAGGGCCUCAAGGGGAGUCUGGAGGCAAUCAAGUCGCAGAGAUAACUCACACCUGGAGGGGAUGUUGCGGAGGUCUUUGUAGUUGCUGUGUCACUGCCGAUCCAGAUUUUGUCACCAUGACAUUUCCCAGAAGUCUUUCAGCCGAAGACAAAGCCUUAUUCCUUGGCCUGCUGUUUAUUGUUAUGCAUUCUUAUCUGGAAAUUCAGUAAAUACAGCAGCAAAGGAUAUCAUCACAGAAUAUUUUAGUUAAACAGUGGUUAGACAGAAUAAUCGAAUAUGAUAGCAGAGCUCACUGUCUAAUGCAAUGUAGUCAUUGCUUGCGACAGGCUCUUGCAUGGAAGUUUGAUUUUGUUCGUUUGUAUUUGUAUCAUCUUUCCUUCUUUUCAAUCUCUUUGUUUCUUAAUUCGGCAGCAAUCUAAUCGGAAAUCCUUUCUUUAGGUUUUUAUUCAUUACUAUAAAACACAUAAGGCUGAUUUUCUUUCAUUGGUAUCCCGAUCUUCCUUGACCCGUUGUAGCCUGGCUAGUCACUAUAUUUGCCAUAAAAAAAACUUUCAAACAUAGUUUUAAUAACAACAUUUUCAUCUAAUGCAAAUACGGUGUACAGUAAAACAAAAAAAACAAAAGCAAUACUAAGAAGAGAUAUAUAUUUCUCCCAAGGCCCUCAUUAUUUUUUUCCGAUUGACUGCGCCAAUUUAGAGGUGCCAUUUUUAGACGACAAAUUUUUCUUUCGCAUCAAAUAUGUGGUUGUGAUCAGGAAGUUUGAUUUCAUGUUAGCAUAACUUUAUUCGCUUGUCGAUUUAAAUUAACAAAGUACGCAGCUUUUGAAAGGGAAGCAAUUUAGUUUAGCAGAGGAAAUUUCAAGGUUUAAGCUUCAAUAGCAAUUCUCUAAACUUGGAAAGGUAGGAUUAGUUUUUCUUUUCUUUUUCUUUUUCUUUUUUUUUUUU